ACUCUUGUUUAUCUGUAAUUUUCCUUGCUCGUUCCGCAUUUUUCUAUCAUGUGUAUUAGGAUAAUCUUUGUAUUAUUAUGAGUAAAUUCAUACCUACGUCAAUUAUCAGCAUGUUAAGUAGAUCGCCAUAGCAACCCAGUAUUUAAGGAUAUCGCGCUACCCUACCCCGCUCGUUACUAAGUAAAUUACUUCCUUUCACCGUUUCAUUUACGUAUGUCUAUUGUUUUUAGUUCAGUAUUUAUAGGAGCCCCGUACCUCAUCUUAGGCAGGAAGAAUUAUGGAAAAGUAGCAGCAAGAGAAAGCAGUUUAGGCAUGCACCGUUUUAGGGGCAAGAUGCUUGUGAAUGAUCUUGUCGCCUUCGUUUUGCUCUUAGUCGUUUUGAGAUAUUUGUAGGAGAUGUAUCAGUUUUGGAAGACCUCUGGGAUAGUUCUUGUGAAAGAUUAUGCCCAUGUCACGCGUUAAUUAUUAUGCCGUUGUCAGCAUGCAAGUUAUGUAGCUGCCGGGACGAUUUUAUCGAAAGAAAAGAAGGAAAGAUUUAACCGAUUUACGUCGCAUCAUUUAUUGGCCAUCCUCUACCUUUUAAAAGGUCCUGAGAAUCGAUUUAAGCAACAUUUUAGAUAUUGAUGGCGUCACCAUCUGCGCAUGUCACAAGUACGGGAAAUUGUGAAAGAAUAAGGAUUCAAAGGCUAUCCUCCUGGUCAACUUCAGACAAAAUGGCGAAUGUUGUUGGUGUAGAUGUUGGAUCAACAACCAUUAGCUGCUUUGUUUUUGAUGAGAACUGCAACGUGAAAGGAAAUUCCAUGUUAGGUGUUCAUCUGGAGCACCCUAAGCCUGGAUAUACUGAGAUAGAUCCAGAAAAGCUCUGGAGCCAGUUUUUGUCGGUUAUAAAUGGUGCUUUGGACUCAGCUGGUAUUACAGCAAAAGAUAUCACCUCACUGGGUAUCUCAGUACAGAGAGGCAGUUUUAUAACAUGGGAUCGCAAUACUGGGGAAGUCUUACAUAAUUUCAUUGGAUGGCAAGAUUUACGGGCCAGCAAGAUAACAGAUGACUGGAAUUCAUCUUUAACUAUAAACAGUAUUAAGUUUGCUAGCAAAGUGCUUUAUGCUUUUACUGGUAAGAAUAGAUUUAAAGCUGCGAGUGUUAUAACCUUCUCUCCCUAUCAUGCCUCCAUGAGACUAUAUUGGAUGUUGAAAAAUAAUCCAACAGUUUAUCGUAAAGCACAUAACGGAACUCUUUUGUUUGGGACAAUCGAUUCAUGGCUGUUGUGGAAGCUGUCCAAGGGAAAACUUCAUGUCACCGACUAUUCCAAUGCAAGUUCAACUGGAAUUUUUGAUCCAUAUAUGAUGACAUGGAGUACAGUAUUCUGUAGUAUUCUUGAGCUCCCUUUAUCAAUAUUUCCCUCUUUUAUUGACACGUCUGGUUUCAUUGUGGAUGUUGACGAAAGUAUUUUUGGCCACAGUUUUCCAAUCCAUGCACUAGCAGCCGAUCAACAAGCUGCUGUAUUUGGUCAAUGUUGCUUUAAUGAGGGUGACAUCAAUUGUACCCUUGGUACUGGAACAUUUAUUGAUAUAAACACUGGGCUGAAUCCUCAUGCAUCAAUUGGUGGUCUUUAUCCGGUUGUUGGCUGGAAGAUUAAGGAAGAAACAGUUUUUAUUGCUGAAGGCAAUACACAAGGAACUUCAUCAUCCGUUGAAUUGUUAAAAAACCUGGGUUUAUUUGAUGAUGUGUCCUUGACAGCUGAUAUGGCCAAUGAAGUGGAAAACUCGGAUGGUGUUUAUUUCAUUCCUGCUUUCAAUGGUCUCCAAGCCCCUAUCAACGAUAAUCAUGCUGUCCCUUUACUUAUUGGCAUGAACAUAGAUACUUCAAGGCAACACAUUGUUCGGGCAGUUUUAGAAUCGAUUGCAUUCCGAUUUCACCAGCUUUAUCAGAUAGUUAUUAGCGAGAUACAAGUGCCUGUAAAAUCGUCGAUUAAGGCCGAUGGUGGUGUGGCAAGGAACGAUUUUGUCGUUAAACUGAUCGCCAGCCUGACAAAACACGAAACGGACCGGGCAGCUUUUAGUGAUAUGUCGGCCCUUGGAGCAGCUUUCUUUGCUGGCCUAGGUGCUGGGGUCUGGAAAUCAAAGGAAGAACUUCUAGACCUGCGAGUUUCCGGGAAGACUUUUCAACCAGACUUAGAUAUGGGGAAGUCGUAUGUAUCGACUUUAAAGACAUGGGAGAAAGCGAUGGAAAGAAGCCUUGGCUGGUACAAGGGCAAAUACUAAUCGCUCAAUUAUCACGCAUUUGAUUUUUAUUUAUGCCAUAUUUUUAUAAACAAGGUGGAUUGAAGCCUCGGAAAGUCACUCCUGUUUUUGUACUGGUUCAAUCUCGUGUAAAGGAUGUUCCUUUUUCUUUGGAUUUAAGUAACGCAUUUGAAUUAUUUUCUUUCUUAUAUUUCUUUUUAUGUUUGACCAUUUUAUACAUUAAAUGUGCAUAAUUAUAUGUUUAUAUCAAUUUCACCUAUUAGUUUGUCUUACUAGAAAUUAUUGCCGUCUUUCUUUCGUAACUCGUAAUUGUCCGCAUGGGUGUAGCAAGCAGAAGUGGUGUGAGUUGUCGUCAUACCCAGGGGCGGACUGGCUGGUCGGGCUAUUCGGGCGAUCGCCCGAAGGGCCGGUCGGUUUGAGGGCCGGCUGAUAAAAGUGCAAAAAAAAUAAACUAGCUUAAAAAGUG